AAUAGUGCCAUCACUACACAAAAUUUAACACAACAAAAUUAGAGGCCUCAAUUCCUAAUAUCAUAAAAAAAAACCUGCAUCACAAAAAUUAAAGUCUAAAAAAAGGUGACCAAUUUCGGGUAUUAAAAAGAAUUCGUGUUCCCUCAUAUCUAAAAGCUUGAAACAACUGCGUUUUGCGUCCAAUAGCGCAAUAUAAAAUUAAAAUUUAGGGUUAAAUACAGACGUAUUGCGUUAAAAUGGCACGCGGUCAUCAAAAAAUACAAUCGCAGGCAAAGGCUGCCGACAAACAGGCAAAAAUGAAAAAGCAGCAGGGCCACAGUGCCAACGAUCAAAAGAAGGCGGCCCAAAAAGCACUAGUGCAUGUGUGCGUCCUGUGCAAGUCACAAAUGCCGGAUCCUAAAACUUACAAGCAGCAUUUCGAAAACAAGCAUCCAAAAAAUGACAUGCCUGAGGAGCUAAAAGACUUGUAAGCUUUGGGGCAGUUUCAAUUGUAACAUGAAAAUGUCAUCAACGAAACGAAUUGCCUACCUGUACAAAAAAAUAAUGCAACAAUAAAAAUAUAAACAAUCAAUAUUUUGAAAUGAAAAAAAGAAUUGCUACUUUGACCCCGCAAGAUUAAUUUUUUUUAUAAAAUACAUUAAAUUGAUUUUAUUAAGAAUAAAUAUUCCAUUUGGAUUUAUUAACAAUUCA